UCUAUUAUUGGAUCUAUUGUCCAACGCGUUCAGUUCAUCAUAAAUGCAGAUUGAGCGUUCCAACGAGCAACAGCUGUAACGCAUAAUGACGUGUGACGCAACGCCUUUUGAAACUUCAGUUAUGUAGAUUAUCGGGAACCAGCAACCGACGAUAUAAAUAACUUUGAAGAACGUUAACAAAGAUCGUGACAAGUGUCGUUUACAGUUUCCGAAUAGUCUGUCUGGUUUGUGUUACGAAAGAUCGUGUCUAUUCUCAUCCGCCAUGACACCACCAAUUUUCAUUCCUAAAUUUAUGUGAAUCAUGUGACAGUGUCUAGGAGAAAGUUGUUGCAUCCUAAGAAGCAAAAAAAAAUAAAUUCAUUUGAAUUUACGCUGUUUAGAUGUUUGUUAAAACGAGGGACUUUCAUUGGAGUCGAUUCCUUGCGUAAAAAGGAAUCGAAAAGUCCUUUACCAUUUUUCAAUCUCAAGCUUCGUUACCGAGAUAUUAACAGUUAAAGAUUACCGACGUGAUAUUCCCAGUCAGCUGACCGCGUGACCGCGCAUGCGCAGUUGAAUUCGAAAACCGUUCUCGCGCGCAAAAAGUUUAACUGCCUGUAUCUUGAUAACGAAGCCUCGGAUCGUAAAGUGGAAAAGGAGUUUUCGAUUUGUAUUUGCACAAGGAUUUCGCAUCUAAUCCACACGCUGCAAGAGAAUUUUCGGAUGAUAAAACGACGAGUGCUCGAUUCCAUAUACAAGGUGAUUCCGUUAUUCGUGGUACAACCUGGCAUAGGGUGAUUCCUCGUGAACAAAAGACAAGUGAAAUUUGUUCUUUUCAAGGGGGUCGCCUUCUACAAAUUUUGGGAACUAUUAGCUAUUAUUAAAAUGUCAUCGUUUUCGUACACGAAAGUGGUGGUCGAGACACUAUUUCUCGACCACCACGCGAAUUGUGAAAUCGAUGCUUAGUAGAACGCAAUAGAAAAUAAAAAAUUGUCUUGUUUACGGUGCACGAUUCGUCGUGGAGAUUCGACGUUGGGAAUAGGGAAACACAUCGACGCGCGACGAAUUUGAAUCGUAAAGGUUAACGCCAGGAAUAAACAAGCCAUAAAUUAGCAAUCAUAAGCGCGCAAAUUUUGAUUAAGUCGCAGAAUUGAAACAAAGGGGGGAUAAAAUGGGUAAAAAAUUGUAAACAACGAGUUUAUGACGACGUUACUCCGGCGAUCGUAUAAAACAGAAUACACCGGAGGAAAAUAAACUCAGUUAUCUAUAGUGCUUCAAACGAGAACGUUCGCUGAGCCCCGACACAAGAGAUUUUUCUUUAUUCCGAGGAUGAUUUAUCUAUAGUAUAAGUAGGAGGGAGCAAACCACGUUUUUCCUUAUAUCGUCGCGAACAACGGUAGAAAAUUGAUCGAUCGUGACAGUGGCGAACUUGCAACUCUCUUGUUUCGCAAUUCUCCAAAUCGUUGAGAACGUUUAUUCAAAAUUUGUUAACCAGGUAGCCUAAUGGCGGGUUCCGUGGUGACUUUGGCGGUCCUAUGGGUCUCCCUGCAGACCAUGGGAUUCCUUGGCAAUUCGCACUCUAUCGGUGCUUACAAGUUGCCGGUGUCCUUGCAGAACUACCUCGUUAGUUACGCAGGUUUGCCGCUGUCAAACUACCCUUACGAAGUCGUCGUAGACACGGGUCGUUUCCAAAAUCGGCGUUUACCUCACAUUGACGAGGCAGUCUUGAACAACUCGAUCACAUUCGCGCAAAGCUUGGUCAAUCGUAUGAGCACCCUCGAAAGGAAUAUCGUGAACGCUGGCGUCGAAGUGAAGGCUCACACGCCGGUUGGAAAGCAAUUCCUUGAUUCUUAUCCUUCCGAGGAUGCUUUUAAGAGAGGCCUCGACGCCAUUGUAGCGACGAAAGCUUCGUCCUAUCUCCUUCACCAGAGCUGCCGCAGAUUCGGGCUGGACAAGGACGAUUGCGUGCGUUUCAUAUCGACGCUGCCGCUCCAUGGCACACUCUUGAGCUCUGCCUGUUCGACGUCGCCAGUCACUGACUGUAAAACCAACGCCAAAUAUCGAACCAUCGACGGCAGUUGCAAUAACGUCGAAAAUCCAAGUUGGGGUAGUGCGAUGACCGCGUACACCAGAAUUCUCUUCCCCCAAUAUUUCGACGGGAUUCAAGAACCGAGGCACAUGGGGCACGCCAGAAAGCCGCUGCCCGGUGCAAGGAGCAUAAGCGUGGCUCUCUUGACUUCCAACGAUCUGUCGGAUGUCAGUAGAACGUUGGCGGUUAUGCAAUGGGGACAGUUCAUUGCAAACGACCUUUCUUACACGCCGGUGCGCAAGAUGGUGUCAUCAGGAAAGCCAAUUUCGUGCUGUCGAUCGGACGGAAGUACCUUGUCUCCGCGACACAUUCAUCCCGAUUGUUCAGCGAUUACGGUGUCUGAAAGGGAUCCCGUUUAUGGCGAGCAUUAUGUUCGAUGCAUGAAUUAUGUACGAUCGAUGCCUGCUCUUAGACCCGAGUGCACUUUUGGACCCGUGGAACAGAUGAAUCAGGCGAGCCACUUCCUGGAUGGUUCGAUGAUUUAUGGUUCUACCGUAACAAAAUCUCGAGAACUCCGUACGUUCCAAACAGGACGACUACGGGUUCGCAAAGAAAACAAUCACGAUUUCUUGCCUGCCGGAAGUUUGGAAACAUUGUUCGAGUGUGACGAAGACUGUUACAAUACUGGCGAUCAUCGUGUGAACACACACCCCCAAUUGGCCGUGUUGCACACUGUCUGGCUUCGCGAGCAUAACAGAAUCGCCGAGAAGCUCGCCGAGAUGAACCAGUAUUGGUCGGAGGAGAAAGUCUAUCAGGAAGCUAGGCGAAUAGUUAUUGCUGAAAUUCAGCAUAUCACUUACAAGGAAUGGUUGCCUAUACUGCUUGGCAAGAGGCACACUCAAGCUGUUGGGCUCGGCGUUGGAAGUAGUUACAGUCAUAACUAUAAUUCCGCGGACGACCCAGCAGUCAGUAACGAGGUUGCAACGGCGGCUCUGCGUUUUCUGACUUCCUUGAUGCAAGGACAGUUACGCUUGACGGACGACACGCGCCAGGUGAACACGACGCUCUCGCUAACGGAAUCGUUCUCCAACCCUAGCGUGAUCGAGUCAGACGAAGUGUUCGACGGGCUGCUUCGUGGUAUGGCUACCCAGACCUCCCAGAAAAUGGACAUCAACAUAAUUUCAGACGUGACGAGCAAAUUGUUCGCUAGUAGAGGCAAUCAUCUUGGUUUGGACGCCAUCAGUUUGGACAUUCAACGUGGUCGCGAUCACGGUUUACCGGGUUACAAUCACUAUCGUAAAUACUGCGGACUUCCGGCCGCGAAGAACUUCGAGGACUUCCUGGAUCACAUUCCACUGGAGAUGGUGAAGAAAUUACGGACAACGUACGCUCAUCCUAACGACGUCGAUCUUAUUGUUGGCGGAAUGGCUGAGAGGCCAAUAGACGAUGGGUUGUUGGGACCCACUUUCCGCUGUUUGAUCUUUGAACAAUUUUCGAGAACUCGUCGCACAGACAGAUACUUCUACGAUUCCAUUUAUCAGCCAUAUCCUUUCACACCAGAACAACUGGCAGAGAUUCGCAACGUAACAUUGGCAAGAGUAUUCUGCGAUAAUGGCAACAACAUUACACACAUGCAGCUUAAUGUUUUCCUUAAGCCACAAAUAGGUAAAAACGAGCUGAGAUUGUGCUCGGACCUAACAGCGAUCCCCAGCGUGGACUUGUUUGCCUGGGCGGAAAAGGCAAAGGCGUACCGUUGAAAUCUCCCCUUAAUUGGCUGGUCACAUAGCCGCGUCCGAUUCGCCCGAGUCGCAGGAUGGGCGUGAUAGAGGCCACAAGUGUGAUGAUAAAAGCCCACAAUCGGAGGACACUGGCGAUAUUUACUCGAAUUGAGUCGGGUUACAGGGUCGCUAUGUGAUUGGGGAAAGGAACGAAGUUCAACGCUUGAUGCCGGGCCCUGCUAGCGCGAUGGACGACGAACGGGCACGUUGAAAGGGGGGCAGGGGGGGUUAAUGGGAUUAAAAGUAAAAUAAUUAUGCACUAGACGCAGAAUAAGAACGAUAAAAGGUGCACCUGCAAACGUGACUAGUCGAUUAAACGAGCACGCGAUGGGGCUACGCGUGAGCAACGCAAAUACGUCGAUCCGUGAGAAAAGACGACCGCGAACGUAGAUGUUUAAAGGGCUACAGAGAGACUCUUGUAUGCGGAGGGACGUUGUUUAAAAGUAGUAUAGGAACACUGCGGAGAACACUCGUUUAUCUUCGCGGUAGACGCGAGAAAAGCUGAAAUUUGUAGUAUUCGAACCUGAUCAAACUUAAUC